GAGGGGUAUUUACCUACACUCAACAAAUAUUCUGGAUCCACACGACCGCCCACAGUUUCUUAUUUUUUUCUUUGACUGCUGCACUAUUUUGUGGGGUAAACCAAACACCUUUCACCCAUUUGCAAUGACAAGAACUACAAUUGUAUUCCAAGAUGCUUUAAGAUCAUAAUAAUCGAUGAUUGGCUAAACUCCGGCAACGCUGCCCAUAACGUUGUGGGGGUAGUCGGGCACUCCGAGCAUAAAUUAGUGUUUUAUGCUUUUAACAAUCGAUUGGUAUAACCAAGUCCGAUAUCCUGAGUUAUUUUGAGCUUUUUUAGUAUAAAUAGAUCUGGAUGCCCCUCCCCCAGAUUUGGUAUUUGAUCUUUCUGUGAAAUUCUUUCUUUUCAUCUUAUAGGUCUAGCUUAUUCUUUUGAUCCUGAAGAUGCCAGAAUCCACUAAUCCACAUCUCACUUUAGAUCACGAAAGACCUCAGCAACCCCCCAAAGGUUUUGUUGAGCGUUCUAGUUCCAAGCCAAACUUGGCUGAUUUUGCAACUUACGAAAAAUUGUAUAAACAAUCGGUUGAAGACCCAAAUACUUUUUUCGGCGACCAGGCACAACAAUUCUUACAUUGGGAUCGACCAUUUACUAGUGCUCGUUUCCCACAAGACCCUAAAGAUGAUUUUAAAGAUGGUGACAUUCCUGCUUGGUUUAUUAACGGUCAAUUAAAUGCAUGUUAUAAUGCAGUUGAUCGUUGGGCUUUGAAAAAUCCAAAUAAACCAGCAAUCAUAUAUGAAGGUGAUGAAAUUAACCAGGGGGCAGUUAUUAGUUAUGGAGAAUUAUUAAAGAAGAUUUCAAAAUUAUCUCAAUGUCUUACCAAAUUGGGAGUUAAAAAGGGGGACUCGGUGGCCGUUUAUUUACCAAUGAUUCCCGAAGCAAUUGUCACUUUGUUGGCAAUUGCAAGAAUUGGGGCAGUUCAUUCGGUUGUAUUUGCUGGAUUUAGUUCUACUUCUUUAAAAGAUCGUAUUAUUGAUGGUGAUUCUAGAGUGGUUAUCACUGCUGAUGAAUCAAAACGUGGUGGUAAAACUAUUGAAACCAAAAAAAUCGUUGAUGAUGCUUUGAAAGAUACUCCUAAUGUUCGUAAUGUUUUGGUUUUCCAACGUACCGCCAACCCCCAUGUUCCUUUUAAUGCGGGCCGUGAUUUAUGGUGGCAUGAAGAAAUGGAAAAAUAUGGUAAUUAUUAUCCUCCAGUUCCAGUCAAUUCCGAAGAUCCUUUAUUCUUAUUAUAUACUUCUGGUUCCACCGGUAAGCCAAAGGGGGUUCAGCAUAACACCGCUGGUUAUUUAUUAGGCGCUUUACUUUCUACGAAAUACACUUUUGACGUUCAUGAAGAUGAUGUUAUCUUCACCGCUGGUGAUAUUGGUUGGAUCACUGGUCAUACCUAUGUCGUUUAUGGGCCUUUAUUAAACGGGGCCACCACCGUGGUUUUCGAAGGGACUCCUGCUUAUCCAAAUUAUUCUCGUUAUUGGGAAAUUGUCGAUCAAUAUAAAGUUAAUCAAUUUUAUGUUGCACCCACUGCUUUACGUUUAUUAAAGCGUGCUGGUACUUCUUUUGUUGAAAAAUAUAAAUUAGAUUCAAUUAGAGUUUUGGGUAGUGUUGGGGAACCAAUUGCUGCUGAAGUCUGGCAUUGGUAUAAUGAUAACAUUGGCCGAGGUAAAGCUCAUAUUGUCGAUACUUAUUGGCAAACUGAAUCCGGUUCUCACUUAUUAACUCCCUUGGCUGGUAUCACUAAUACUAAGCCUGGUUCUGCUUCUUUACCAUUUUUUGGGAUUUUACCAAAAAUUUUGGAUCCAGUUACUGGUCAAGAAUUAACUGAAAAUAAUGCUGAAGGGGUUCUUGCCAUUAAAAAUGCCUGGCCUUCAAUCACAAGAGGUAUUUAUAAUGACUAUGCUCGUUAUAUUGAAACUUAUUUGAAACCUUAUCCAAAUUAUUAUUUUUCUGGUGAUGGUGCAGCUCGUGAUACUGAUGGAUUUUAUUGGAUCUUGGGUCGUGUUGAUGAUGUGGUUAAUGUAAGUGGUCAUCGUUUAUCAACUGCUGAAAUUGAAGCUGCUAUCAUCGAACAUGAUAUGGUUGGUGAAAGUGCCGUUGUUGGUUAUGCUGAUGACUUGACUGGUCAAGCUGUCGCUGCAUAUGUUUCUUUGAAGGAUUCAGUUAAGGUUGAUGAUCUCGAUGCUAUAAAGAAGGAAUUAAUUUUGACUGUUCGUAAAGAAAUUGGUCCUUUUGCUGCACCAAAAUUAAUUUUAAUUGUUGAUGAUUUACCUAAAACAAGAUCUGGUAAAAUUAUGAGAAGAAUCUUAAGAAAAGUUUUGGCUGGUGAACAAGAUCAAUUAGGUGAUAUCUCAACUUUAUCUAACCCAGGAGUUGUUUCUCAAAUCAUUGAUGUAGUUGCUUCCUCAACAAAAAGAAAGUAAUAUUUCCGUUCUCUUAAAUCAACUUGAUGUUCGAUUUCCAUAGUCAAUUAUUUAAUUUCUAUCAUCUAUUCUCUUUUUUAGAGUUUAUAUUUUAUGUUAUAUAUCAUGUUUGC